GAGAACAAAUUCAACCCGGAAGCCGUGGAGAACAUCUACAGGCACAACUCCAUCCUGAAGUACACCCAGAGCCCGCUGUACGCGCCGCUGCUCCCCUUCCAGUAUGGCAGCGUGGAGCACAAGAUUUACAGCAACAGCAGCAGCAAAGGCUACUCCACUCUGAGGGACGAGGCCGUCAAGAUCUUCAACUCUAUCCAGCAGCUGGAGACGGCCCGUGACGCGGUGCCUCUCAUCCAGGGGGUCCUGCAGACCUGCCAGGACUUGCAGCCGCUCAGGGAUGAAGUCUACUGUCAGCUGAUCAAGCAGACGAGUGGCGUGUCGUCGCCCGAGACAGAGGCCCACCUACGCUACUGGCAGCUGCUGACCUGCAUGAGCUGCACCUUCCUGCCGGGCCUCCCUGUACUCAAGUAUCUGCGUUUCCACCUCAAACGGAUUCAGAGCAAGCACCCCGACACAGAGGUGGAUAACUACGCAGCAUUUAUAGCCGAAGCCCUGGAGAAGACGAGAGGCCGUGAGUUGGUCCCGUCCUGGGAGGAGAUCCACAUUCUGAUGAACCGGCAGGAGAUGGUGUGUACGGUGCAUUGCCCGGGCCAGGAGGUCUCUCAGGUUCCCAUCAGCUCACACACAACAGCAGAAGAGGUGGUGAAGAAAAUGGUGCAGCAUCUGGGCCUCCAACACAGCCCUAACACCUUCGCCCUGUACGAGCAGAACUGCCACCGGGAGUGGCUGGUGGCCAGCAGCAGCAUUGUGGCCGACGUCCUGACCAAGUUUGAAAACCUGACCUCCAAGGACCCCGACAGCCAAUGGAGACUCUGCUUUAAGGUCUACUGUUUCCUGGAUACGGACAACAUUCCCAUAGACAGCGUGGAAUUUCUGCUUCUCUUUGAACAGGUAUGGUAUGCUGCCCAGUCGCGUCCUUUCACAUCUCCCUUCUCGGCCUUUUAGAAACCAAAGUGGUGGCCGUGUGAGGUUCAGAAUCGAUCGGGAUUAUCCAACAUCUACUGUAUAUACUCGCGUAUAAGUAGGAUCUUGAUACCUGAAAAACCGAUCGUACAGUCAGACCCUGACUUAUACACCCGUUCAAAAAUACG